AUGGCUACUGCUUAUAGAAUAAAGGAUACAGUAACAAAUAAUGGCCUAUUAAACCAAGAGCCUAAUGGCAAACAUCACAAUUUUAAUAAGACAACUAUAAAAAAAAUAGCGAAUUCACCAAUUUCAAAAUACCAUAACCCAAAAAAUAGUAAAUUACCAAAUAAAAAACCACCAAUUAGGACAUAUAUAGACGAUAAAGGUGUAAUACAAAACAUAUUAGAUAAAACAAGUGAGUUAUUUAAAUGCAAAAAAUUAAGAAAUUUAUUUAAAAAAAAUAAUAAGCCUAAUACUGUUAAUGAUAAUGGGUUAAAAUUUAAGUUUGUAUAUAAAGGUGGUAAUAUAGAAAACUAUAAUAAUUUUGAACCUCUAAACAAAAUUAAUAAUAACAAAAAAGCAUCGACACAAAUAAAAGAAAAAAGCAAGUCUCAUGUUAACAAAAGUGAAACAAAUAAUUUUAAUAAAAAAAUAAGUAACUCAAAUAUAAAUAAGACAAAAUACUUGAAAGUUGACAAAGAAGUGGAAAAUGAUUUAUCAAAAAGGCAUAAAGACGAAACUGAAAGUAGUAAAACAACAGAGUAUAAUUACAGAGUAGAAAUAGAUCAAAUUAAUAUUCCAUAUAUAAAAAAAUUAUUAGACAAAGCGAGCAAAAAGGAGAGUAAUGAAAAUAAUCAAAUAACAAGCUUUACUUAUAAUAGUAAUCUUUCACACAGUUUCAGUAAUACAACAUCAAACGAUGCUCAAUCUAAUUGUGAAAAUAAUUCCUUAAAUAAAAAUAAUAUAAUACAAAAGAAAAAGUCAAAAUUUUUAAAUAAUAAAAUUAAAAUAUUUAAUAAUUUAGUAGAAUAUGUAAAACCAUCAAGAAGCUAUAAUAUUGAUGUAUGCCAUCCUUUAUAUAAUUUGUUGUGUAAAAAUGAAAAAUCAUAUUUAAGUUCUAAUUGGCAUGAUAGAAUAAAUUAUUCUUUUCGAAAUAUUUGUGGAUUAAAAAAUUAUAUUCAUGAUGAUAAAACAGAAGGGGAGUAUGAAAGAAUCUUUUAUAAUGAGUUAGAGUUAUUUCACAUGUCUAGUAAUAUAGGAGCAUGUGGACUUAUAUAUUCAUUAUUUUUAACCAAUAACAAAGUUAAUAAUUAUUUUAAUAAAGAUCAGGAUAUUGACAAUACUAGUAAUAGUAUUAAUGACGAAAAUGAAAAUUGUAACAAUCUUAUUAAUAUGUUUAAAACAUGCUUUAUUAAAGUAACUGAAGAUAAUUAUCCUCAUAUUUAUAAUAUUUAUAAACCCAAAUUUGAUGACGAUUUAUUAUUUUUAUUUGAUAGUCUUGUUUUUACUGUAGUUUUGGGAAGUAAAAAAAAUAAUAUUAGUUAUAAUUUAGCAAGAAAAAUAUAUAGUAAUGAUCUUAAGGGAAAAAAUGUGUUAUGUGAUUGUAUAUUUAAUUUGAAAAAUGAUUCCAAAUUUUCUUUACCUAUAGCUAGCCAAAUUGAUUUUAUGGGUAUGCGAGUAAUUUCAGAGCCAUUAAUGCCUUUAACUAACGAUUAUAUCCCAAUUGAUGUAAUUAAAGACAUAUAUGAAAAUGUUGAAAUUACAGAUACCUCUAGUGAUAUAGAUAACGAUGAUAAUGAAAAUUACAAAAACAGCCAUAUUUUAGAUAAUAAAAAAGAAUGUAAUUAUAGCUAUAGUGAAAUAAAUUCCUAUAAAAAGUCUUCGGAAAAUAAUUUGGCGAACAAUAGUGAAGAUACUUUAAAAAAAAAAAAAAUAUUUUAUGAACGACUAAUGGUAGAAAUCGAAAAUUAUGAUCGUAUAUUAUAUGAUCAGUUAAUAAAAAUGAGUGGUUAUGUAAAUUAUAGUUGCUGUAUUUUACCUUUUGGAAUGUCAAAUUAUUUUGAAAGUAGAAUAUUAAAAUCUCUAAAUAAUGUAAAACUAUUUAAAUCAGUUAUAGAUAAUUUAUAUAUAAUUAGAGGAACAGAAGAAAUAUUACCUCCAAUUAUUUCAAACACUAAUAAAGAUAAUUUUAUUACGAGAUUGAGAUAUGAAUAUAUAAAAUAUUAUCACGAAGGGGGGUCUUUAUGUAAUACAACACUUGCAAUUAAUAUAAAACCUGAAAAUCAAUUCGAACAAAAUGAUGAAAAAAAUAAAAAUAAUAUGUAUCAUUUAAAAAAUGUUAGUAAACAAUGUUUUGAUAAUAUUGAUAAUUAUAUUUUACCUAAAGUAAUAAAUUUUAUACCAAAUUUUAAUGAUAGUUAUGAUAUAACUCAAGUAUAUCAUUCACAUGGUGUUAACAUUCGAAAUUUAGGGUGCAUAUUAAAUAAUAAAAAAACACCUGGAUACCUUUCCGAAAUUAUAUGUAGAGAAUUAAUUUGUAGAACCUUGAAAUCUAUACAUUAUGAGAAUAUACACUAUUAUAUAACAAAUGUGCUAAAUGUGUCUAAUUUUGGGAAUAACGAAAUCCAGAUGGAGAUAAUAAAUCAAAACAUUCAAAAAGCAUAUAAGAAUAAUUCACAAAUAAAAAAUGUUACUAAUAUAAAUAAUAAUGAAAAAAGACAUAUUAUGUUUUAUGACGAAUGUAACAAAAUUGAUGAUACAUUUAAUUUUGUCGACCUAUUUGAAAAGGAUGAUAAUGAUCAGAUGGGGUAUAGAAAAUGUGUUAAAUUCGAAAAAGAUAAGUUUAUAUGUUUUUGUAAAGAUUGUUUGAGAGAUUGUAAAAAAAAUCCAGAAUUAAUACCACAUAAAUUGAUAAUUAAUUUAAUAAAUUUAACCUUAAAUGUGAAUAGUGAUAGUAGUAUAAAAUUUUGGAAUAAUAUUCUUAUACCACAUUGUAUUAAAAAAUUUCAGAUUAAUUUAAAUGAUCAUAUAAAAAUUCGAGAAAUAGAAACAUAUGGGCUAUUAUCAUGUUUAGAAUAUCAUUUAGGUAUUUAUUUUAAAGAAGAUUGCAAACAAAAUUAUAAAAUUCGAUUACCAAUAACAUUGGAUGAUAUGUCUAAUUUUAAUUCAAAAUGUGAAAAGCAGUUAUUUCCUAAUGUUGAUGAUUUUAAACAUAUUUUUAUCCCAAAUAGUGGUAAUGAAAAAAACCGAAAUAACAAUAUGAAUAAAAGUAAACUAAAAUUAGAAAAUAAUGAUAUAAAUAUGGACUCACAAAAAAAAAAAAAAAACAAACAUGUUUAUAACUCCUCGAAUAAAAAAUGUGGCGACAAAAACAAUGGUACUGAUAAAAAACGAGAACGUAAAGAAAUUCAAAAUUUUAUGGAAAAAAUACAACAAGAAAAAGAUAUUCUUCUUUCGAAAUGUGAUGAUAAAAAUAUGGAAACAAUAAAAUAUGAAAAUAGUUAUAUUUCUUUAUUUUAUUCUAAAAGUAAAUCAUCUUUUCCAAAAUAUUCUACAUUGUCUUUUAGAAUUAUAGAAAAGUUAUUUUCCAAUACAAUAAGCCAAGAAAAAUUUAAGAUAAAUAGUAUAUUAGAAGAAAAUGUCCCAUAUAUUAUCAAUGUAAAAAAUAGUGAUUUUUUAUAUAUAAAUAAUAUAUGUAAUGUUGGGUUAUGUGGAAAAAUAAAAAGUUUAAUUUACGAAUAUAACAUUCCUUGCCACCCACAUUGUAUACUUAAUAAAAAAUUGAAAUGCAUAAAUUACGUAAAAACUAAAAAAUGUAUAUAUUUAUUAUUAAAUAUUAAUGCUAAUAAAAAUGUGUUUGAAAUAACAAAAACAUUUUUAUAUUUAGCAUAUUUACAUUUUGAGCAUGGUUAUAUACAAAAGUGUUUAAAAAUAUGUUACUAUAUUUAUAACAUGAUUCCGAAUAUAGGUACAUUAAAAAGAGAUAUACUUAUUUUAAUAUUACAAUGCAAGAUAAAAGAAAAACAGAUUGAUGACGCUUUAAUAAUUUAUAAACUUAUUACAAUAUUUAGUGAAAGAUAUGAUGGAAAAUAUAAUAUGAACAUACUUUUUUGUAAUAUAUUAUUGUCUGAUUUUUAUUAUAACCAAUCAAAUAGUGUUGAAAUAAAAAAUGAUUCCAAUAACAAUAUUAAUACAAAAAAUGAUAAUAUAAUUAAAAGUAAUCACAAUGAAGAAACUGAUAUGGCAGAUAGCAAUCUUGAUUUAAAAAAUAAAUAUUUGUUAAAGGCAUUACAUUAUUCGGAGUGCUGUUAUAAGAUAAUAACAACAUCAUUGAGCGAUAUUUGUUUUCAUUAUAUAUAUAUAUAUUCUUUAAUGUUAUUAGGGAAUAUUUUAAUGUCUUUAAAUAAGUUUCACAGAGCAAUAAAAUAUUACAGUUUAUCAUUACAAUAUUCGAUCCGAGGGAAAAUGCCAAGUUUUAUUAUUUUACUAAGCAAGUGUUUAUUAGCAGAUUCGUUAAAAAAUAAUGGAAAUUUUGAUAAAUCUAUUGAACUAGCAGAAGAGUGUUUAAACACAUUAAAAAGUUCAAAUUUUUGUUCACAUAAUCUUAUUCUUCAUGUCAUUUUUCAUUUGGCUCAGAUGAAACAAUUUAUUGGGUGUAAAGAUUUAUUAUUUCCAGAUAUUUUAUUAAAUAACAUUUCUAAUGUUCAUAUUAAAAAAAAAAUAUCACUUUCUGAUUUUAUAGUUUUAGAAAAAAAUUAUUUAAAUGAAAAAAAUAUAAAGCAUAGAAAUGAAGCUAUAGAUUUAUAUAUUAAAUUAUACUAUAAAUUAAUAAGCCUAAAGAAUUAUUCUGUGGUUGUUGCAAAAGAUAUAUUUGGAAAUUUUUAUACAAAAAAUGACGAAUUGCCAAAUGUAGAAAAAUCGAAUAUAAAUCAUUUAGAAGACAAAAUGGAAAAAAUAUUUGAUAUAAUAAAAGAGAUACUUAAAAUAAAAAUUAUAUCACUUAAUAUGAACAAGCAAUUUAUGAUAGCCUCAAAACUAUUAGCCAUUGUUUUAUCUAAAAACUCAUCAACAUUUAUCAGCGAAUUAACAUUAAAAAAAAAGAGAGAUCAAAUAUAUGAACAAAUUAUACAAAAUGGUAUACAUUAUAAUAAAAUGGGGGAAAAAGACACCAAAAAAAAUAUUGAACAAGAAAAUCAAUUUUAUUAUUUAAUUGAUACAAUUUAUAAUAAUGAUAAUAAAAUGAAUAAAAUAUUUAAUAAUAGGGAUGUAAAUAAUGAAGACAAUUUUAAUUUAGACUCUAUCAAUUUCCAUUUAAUUAAAAACAAACAAAAUUUGUUUAAUCGAAAUUGUUAUACAAAAGAAUAUGAUUAUAUAUCAAUUGAAAAAAUUUUAUUUGAUAACACAUAUUUUAGUACAGUAGAAAUAUGCAAAUAUUGCUACAUUAUGUGUGAUAAAUAUAAUACACAAAAAUACAAGGAAUCUUGUGCUAGUAAUAAAAUGUGUUCAAAUACUGGCAUAGGAGAUAAUCACAAAAUAAAUUAUGGAGAAGAAAACCCCAGCUUUUUAUUAAAUCCGAGUAUUUGGUUUGAUCUUUUGUUUUUCACUGUAAUGAAAGGAGUGUGCAAUCAUAUAGAGCUUAUUAUGCUUAUUGAUUUGAUCAAAUUAUUUUUAACUCCAAUACAAAAACAAUUAAUUUUAUUUCAUAUAAAAUCUUUAAAUAAUAUUAAGGAUAAUGAAGAAUACUCUGAGUAUGUCCAAUAUAUAUUAAAUAAUGAGGAAAAUAAUAAUUUAAAGAAAUUUAAAGAAGUUGACCAAGAAAAUAUAUCCAAUAUAUUCCAUAAUAGAUUAUUAUCUCAAACUAUAAAUUUCAUUGACAACGAGGAAGAAUCAAAAUGA